AUGACUAAAGUUAAAAUGAGCGAGGAGGAGUUAAAUUUGCUGGUGGUGUAUAUCGAAAAGCGUACAGUGACGACUUCAUACAAUGGCAACGUGAUUAGCAUAUUUGAUAGUGGUUGGUCACCGGCUCCGGGUGAUUCAAAGAGAAAAAUCUUCACAGAUGUAGCAGUUGAAAUGUCAACGACCAGAGGCAAACCGUGCGGGAUGCGAGGUAUAGAAAGCCUUUUCUACGAAAAUCGACCCUUGAGAGUACGUCACAGAAAAAUGAGGGAGAUUAUCAAUGAAAACCUCAACAAAAUAAAAGGAAAACUCGGAGAUAUUGUGGAAACCAAUCCACAGAUGAGUCAGGCCAACAUGAAUCCAGGCAACAUGGAUCCGAACAACAUGAAUCAAACCGAUAUGAAUCAAACCGAUAUGAAUCAAACCGAUAUGAUGAAUCAGUCCAACACAAAUCAAGGAACAGAAGGACCCAUAGCACAGAACACGAUUUCAGCUAGAUGGCUCGAUGACUUUGGCAAUUUCGUGCCCUGGGAGACGUAA